AUAUUUGAGAAGAAAAAGGCGAUACUGAUCAUAUCUUAGAGAAGAACGCUGUCCCAAACAUUUUCAAGUUCAAAUGGGACUUAAGUAUGCGAAGGACGAUCGCAGAAGUUGUCUGACAACGUUCAACCAAAUAAGUGCGCAGUUUGUCUCUUCGAAAGAUUUGAUAUAGUGUAAACUGUGACAUAUUUCAACGUACACAAUCAGAAUGUUUAACGAAAUACCCAUCGUUGAUCUGGAUGAAUUAGGGCUCCAUUAUUUGGGAAAACCGUGGGAAAGCACAGUCGACCGUGUAGCCAAAGAACUCCACUCAGCUUUCUCUACAGUUGGGUUUGUUUACUUGAAGAAUCACGGCAUCGAACAGCAAAAGGUUGACAAUGUAUUUCGUGCAUCCCGAUCGUUUUUCCAACUACCGGAUGCUAUUAAAGAUGGAUAUAGAUGCGGACAACCCGAUAACGAAUCGGACGGAUAUACGGGCAAAGAUCAAGAAAUUUUGGAUGUCAGCAGCCUUCAUGAAAUACGAGAAGCGUACGAUAUCGCUUCGCCUGAUGGAGUUUAUCCGGAUGAACACGCCCCUGAAUUCCGCAAAACUAUCAAAGAAUUGGCUCCAGAGUUAAGAGAAUUGACCAUACGAUUGUUGAAAUGCAUGGCUCUUGCCCUGGGAUUAGAAGAAGAUUUCUUUAGUAGUCGCCAUCAGUACAUGUUUCACGGAGCAGACAAGAAUAGGACGAUUUUCCGCUCACUUUAUUAUCCGAUAUUGGCAGACACAGACAUUCAACCAGGUGUUGUGAGAUGCGGAGCGCAUUCUGAUUAUGGGUCCAUCACUCUUCUUCUCCAGGAUGAUAUGGGCGGAUUAGAAGUUCUUUCCAGAGGUGAAUGGAUACCUGCCACCCCUAUUCGAGGAACAAUUCUGAUUAAUUUGGGAGAUCUCAUGCAGUUCUGGACGUCUGAUCGUUACGUCGCUACUGUUCACCGUGUUCUAGUUCCGGAAGAAGAGAUUCGCCGUCGUUCUCCUCGUCAAUCGAUCGCAUUUUUCGUGCACGCUGACAACGGCGUGAUGAUAUCUCCUCUUGAUGGAUCGAACAAACAUCACCCUGUCGAAGCAUUAGCCUACUUGAAAUCUCGUAUUUCGGCAACUUACAAAUAAUUUGAAAUUUUGAACUGUUCCCCAGAGGUGCAGCUUCCAGCAUCAUAAACAUUUAAUUCGAGAACCCCUCAAGUAUUCAUCUCAGUUUGAAAAGUUUAUUGGUAGACAUUUCGGUUUGGUAAAUCAGCGGCUCAAUUGAAUUAGCAUGCCAUUUUCGUUGUCGAAAUGUUAUGCAAGGUCAGCAAGGAAUUGAUGAUCCCAAAAAUGUUCUCUUUUUAGGUUAACAAUACACAUUAUUACACAUA